ACAAUCGAACGUCCGUGACACCCAAAGUCAUCGAUGCUUAAGGUCCCUAUUACAGAGUUUGGGCACUACACACAGGUCCGAUCAAACAGAACAGCCACUAGAGACCGAUACCUUGGUCAAAGUAGUGAUGCAAUUGGUUUGUGAUUAUGAGGACUCUGAAAACUUUAUCGAUGCGUCCAUUUAGUCACAUUUUCAACCGAAUUAUUUUGAUCCUGUGCAUUCUCGAUAUUGGGACUGUUUUCAGUAAAGAAAUUUAUGUCUCUCGCUGUCAUGGUAACAGCCAGCCUUCUUGUGGUGGAACAAUGAAGACAGCAUGUAAAUUGAUUGCUCUUGGUAUUGCACAUGCGCAGUGGAACGACACUAUUUCUAUAGAUGGCACUGAGACAUCACGUGAUCCAUACCCAUGCUUACCGACAACGUCACAGCCGGAUGGAAUUUACGUUAACAAAAGUUUAUCCUUGAGACGAUUCGGCAAAGCCAAGGUAUUCAUUAAAUGUUCAUCUUUGAGGCGAAUUAUUUUAGAUGGCAGUAACACAUCAGACACCGUAACUAUUUACCUGGAUGGACUCACAUUUAUUGAUAGCUGUAUUGCUGUUCGGAUGAGCACGCUCAAUGUCGUAAAUUGCAAUUUUAUAGAUGCUACAUCUCUCUCAAACGCAGCAGCCGUUGUUGAUUUUAAGACGUUCGAUGGGAACCAUUCUCUGCUAAUAGCCAAAUCUGUUUUUAGCAACAAUUCUCUUCCUUGUAUCAGUGUCGUUGGGAAUAACCUCAAAAUAGAAGUUUAUGAUACAGUGUUUACUGGAAAUAACGCAUCGGAAAGUAAAGUGAGAAUGGUGGAUGUGGCCGUGUUCAUGAUUUCGGUAAUACGUAUGAUGAGGUAUCCCUCGUCUAUGACAUUUAACAACGUCUCUUUCAUAAGAAACUUUGCGCUCAACGGAGGAUGUUUGCAUGUCAAAAAUGCCGAUAAUGUGAACGCAAGUGCGAGGUAUUUCAACCGAAACAGAGCAAACUAUAAGGACUUGGGCCAUAUUUUGCAAGCGCAUCCUAAGGAUCACAACUCUUUUCAUUCAACGUUGGAAUACAUUUCCGUGUCUGUGAGUGAAGGAAUGUUUCUUCAUAAUUUUGGGGGAGCAAUCAUUGUUGGCGGGAAUUUAGGCCUCGUUGACAUUUCUGUCGUAAAUUGUGACUUUAUCAAUAAUAGUUCUCCGCUAAGUGGAGGAGCCAUGCUGGUUGAGAGUAGCCGUGAAUUUCGCUUACAGAUUAAAGACUGCAAAUUUGUACAAAAUAGCGCCAGAAAUGAGGGCUCAGCGAUAUACAUCCUAGCGGUUGAUUUUAAAGUAGCUAAAGGUUUUCUCCUAGUCGAAAAUGUUUCGUUUCAAAGAAACAUACUUCGACAACCUAAUUUUAUCGAGGAUGUUCCUUUGGGUGGUACUCUAACAAUUUGCGUAGAGUCAGCUUACCUUCAAGUAAACUUAGUUAAUGUUUCCUUUUGGCAUAAUAAGGUUGACAUGGGAAGUUCAACGUUACACUUGGAUGCUCGAAAUUCAGAGGUAACGAUUGUCGAUUGUAAUUUCCAUGGAAACUCACAGGAUGAGCGUUUCCCGUGCGGCUGGACGACCAUUUUAAUUUUCUCCAUUCAACUAAAGUUCACCCUGAACAGAACGAGCUUUUCCGAAAAUAUUGGAAGUCUUACAGCUGAUAAUAACACAUUGGCAGGACAGCCGGUAAAUUUCUUCGUGGGCGCAAGUUACGUAGCAAAUAUAACCAUAAGUGGCUUGUUGUACAGAAACAAUAGUGGAGGAGGAAUGCUCUUUAAACUGGGCUCAAAUGAUGUAAGUAGCUCGACAUUUUCCCUUGGGCAAUCGAUCUUUGAAAGCAACAAAUUUUUCUCCAUGGAGAUUAGGGCGUCUACAGGUGCCCAACUGGUAAUAAGACAAGUAAAUUUCACGGCAAACAAGUUUGAAAGUUCUGUCCUCCAAAGCUUGGCAUUGUUGUUCUUCUAUAUUCAAAAUCAGGGAAGUAAGGUAAAGAUUGAGGAGGCAACCUUUAAAUACAAUAGUAUACAGGGUAGGAUCUUACUGUUUCGAUUACCACCCGACCAGAAAGAUCCACUUUCAUGUAAAAUUCCAAGAUGGAUCUACAGAAACUACAUCCAACUCUUUAACGCUACUUUUGACGGAAAUAGCGCCGAUACCUCGGUUGUGCGUUUAGAAAACGGCCACAAUAACCUCAGCAACUCUCAAUUUGUAGACAAUUUAGCCAUAUACACUCUUUUUGCUUCAGAAGGGUCCACCAGUCUUGAGUUGGUCGACACAUCUUUUGAUCAGACGAAGAAUUGGCAAAAUGGACUGGCAGUCCAUAUAGCAGUUAUGGUUCCUUCCUUUACAGGAUUCAUUUACUGGGCAAGUUCAGGACCAAUCCAACUAAGUAACACUACUCUCUCGGUUGAGUCCUCUCAGGACAUCGAUGCUUAUUUUAUGGUCACGGGAGCAAGUGAAGCAAAGAUUGAUGAUACAUCGGUCAUUCAGUGUCCAGUUGGAACUUUGAGAAAAAAGGUAAAUCUCGCUCAUUCUCAUUUUGUUUCAAACGAAGCUUGCCCGAAUGGCUUAUAUAACACCAUGUCAGAGUCCUUUAUUUUAAGCUGCAAACAAUGUUCUCCAGGUUUUUACAGUGUAGAGCCUUUUGCCACUAAGUGUCGACCGUGCCCAUUCGGUGCAAACUGUACAACUGAUAUCGCUGCAAAACCCACCUUUUGGGGAUUCCCUUUGUUGUCAGAUCAUGGCACUGUCGGCUUCCAGGGUUGUCCGACAGGUUACUGUUGUCCCUAUCUAAAUGUCAGCUGUCCCUAUGACAACCAGGGUUAUCUGCUAUCAGGCUGUUCUGGAAACCGUACUGGGUUUCUCUGUGGACAAUGUAAGACUGGUUACACAGAAACUCUUUUCUCUCCACAAUGCACAACCAAUGAUGAGUGUGAAGACCACUGGUUCUGGUCUGUCGUCCUUUUCUACAGCUUAACAUUUGCUUUCCUUCUUGUUUGGAAGUAUCCGGUCAUGUGUUUCAUUCAACGGAUCUUGCCAUGGAAAAUAACGACACACAAAAGAGACGCUUCACCUUCUUCUCCAAACGGUGGUGGAUACAUCAAGGUAGUCUUCUAUUUUUACCAGGUGGCUAACUUAGUAUUCAUGUCGGAAGCCUUUGAGAUUCAUUUGGAGGACAACUAUUUAUUGACUCCUAUACUUGGUUGGUUCGACUUUAAAGCUAUCUCUUCGAGUAAAACACUGAUCUGUCCAAUUCGCGGACUUACAGUCGCUUCGAAGAUUUUCUUGGAGGCCUCUCAAGUCCUCGCUGUGCUGGUCGGUGUCCUGGUCAUUUUCCUUUUUCAUGGAACAGUUAGGAAAAUAAACAAACAAUCUCCGAUUUUUCCUCCCUCUGGUCAGUAUCUAAGUGCCACAACAGAAUGUCUUCUUCUUGGCUAUUCAGCACUAGCAAAGGGAGCACUUAAAGCAUUGAACUGCGUUGAAAUACAGUCAACGAUACGCUUUUUUUAUGAUGGAAAUGUCCAGUGCUGGUGUUGGUGGCAGAAACUUUGCGGUGUGUUUUUGCUUGUUUUCAUCAUUCCAUUCGUUUUCGUCUUGUACCUUGGAUCUCGUUUGCUUAAUAGUAAAAUUAUUUCCCCAGGGCAGUUUGUAUGUGGUUGCACCUUUCCUUUGCCUUUCGCUGUUAUGUGGGUUGUCAAAUACAGGAGGAUUUUCAAAGAUUCAGGAGCCAUAGUUAGUAGCAACGAAGAGACACCUUUGCGUCAUUCAGACUCGUGUAACAGCGCUGAACAGUCUUCCCCUUUCGGCGAAUCUCUCGACCAGAGUCAAGCACAUUCGUGUAAUUUGGUAGAAGAUGUUGUUUAUGGCCCUUUCAGAAAAUCCCACGAAGACCGAGGUGCUGGAGCAGUGUACUGGGAAAGCGUUUUAAUCGCUCGACGUUUGGUUAUGAUCUGCCUUCACACUUUCAUUGUUUUUCCUUUCAUUAGGAUUUUUUGUUUAAGUGUCACUUGCGCUGCUAUUCUUGCCUACCAUCUUUGGAAAAAGCCAUUCCAGGACUCACGAGUUAAUCAUGCUGAAACAGCAUCAUUGGCGGCUCUUCUUCUAUUGGCGAUCAUAAACAUGGCUGAUGUAGUACUUGGUAUCAAUGACGAGGUUCUUUCGGCGCAGGAACAGAUUUGUAUGACUGUGCUACAUAUCGUUGAAAUCAUUAUCUUGGGAACAGUUCCCCUGGCAUUUGCUCUUCUUAUUGUAGUCUCCGUCCUGUGGCGGCUGUUUGAAUUUAUCUUUAAGUCUUUGGCAGGAUGCUGUAAAUCAAGUGCAGAUUAUAUCAGAAACAGAAAUGCAUAGUUCUUUUUCGUAAAAGGUGGUUUAUAAUUAUCUGAGGAGUUUUCAUAACCUCCUUAUUUCUGAACAAGAGCUUGUUUGAUUAUUUCUAGAAGUUAUCGUUGAUACUGCAAACGCAAUCUACUGUAGCAAGUACUUUUCAGCAAAGGGCACCAUUUAUAAUUUGGCUUUGACUCAAUCUGGAGAAAUUCAGUCAAGGACCAUUCGAACGUUGACUAUCAGUCAAAAUCCGCAAAAUCAUCAUACGAUUAGUAUACAGUUCUUAACGAAUUUAAGGUUAAUCAAGCGACUAUUUUAGUGAGGAACUGAGUUAUCUUUUCCUCGCAGGGUGUGGCACUCUUGAUAAAUAUGAGGGCAUGGCGUGUUUUCACAGUUUGCAUACCUUUCCAUUUCUGGUCACGUCUUGUUUGAUAUUGGAGACUGGAGACCACGAAGCAGACUGCAGAUGCAAACAAGGAACAACCUUUACUCAGAAACGCUCACUCUACAAUCAUAAAUUGCACCGUUAUUUUGAAAAAUGUAAAAAUGCAAUCCCUUAGUUCAAUUAUUAAAUAAAAUAAAAAGUGA